CUAGCGAAUUCAGCAGGAACUUGGGAAUAUCCCUCGGAGCGCUCUAUAUCUGGGCUUAGGCGCGCUUAUUACGACCGAAGUCGACGUCGUUUUUCUCCUCUUGUCUUUUGUUCUCCUCCCGCCGUGGAAAUACCAAGGGAGAGCGAUCAGAUAUGGCCGAAGUUGCACAGUCUGCUCCCGUCGAGUCUCAUGCUAGGCAUGUUGCGUAUUGUGGAGUUUGUACAUUACCCCCAGAGUACUGCGAGUUCGGCGGUACCGCGAAAAAAUGCCAGGAUUGGUUAAGAGACAAUAAUCAAGACCUAUAUCAAAGGCUAUACUCGGACGAAGCCCUCAGUACCAACCUAUCCACCCUCUCGGUUUCCGUGCAGGAGCGCGCUGCCAAAGAUGCUGCGAAGAAGGAAGCAAAGGCUGCACGGGACGCGGAGCGCGAUGCAGAGCGACGAGCUACGUCCAAGGUCAUUAUCAAGCGGGUUGAGCGGAACAAGCGCAAACAUGUCAGUGUCGUGACGGGCCUGGAGGUUUACGGGCUUGAGAAUAAGAAGAUCGCCAAGGAUCUGGGGAAGAAAUUUGCGACUGGGUCAUCUGUGACUAAAUCCGCGGCAGGGAUUGAGGAGAUUACCGUGCAGGGGGAUGUGUGCGAGGAUAUCAAGGAGUGGUUGCAGGAGGUCUACGGGAAGCAGAUUCCAGAGGCUAAUAUUGAUAUUGUUGAGGAUAAAAAGAAGAAAAAGGCCGAGGGCGCUUGAUUUGGGAAAUAGAAUGUGCAUUAUUAUUAUUUAUUACUGGAACUCGGUCAACGAGUGCACUAUAUAUAUAAAUGUACCCUGCAAUGACA